AUGCACUGGCGCAAGAUAUUCCCGCCUACUAAGCGAAAGACAAGGCUCGACUACAUGUGGGAGUACAUCAGGUCCCGUGGAAGAAUAUGGUCACUUGGAUGCCGAGUCGCGGAGCUGGAGGGCGAAACGGAGCGGCUGAACAAAUUCGUCUCUGACCUGCAGCGCCAACUCGCGAGCAGACAACAGAAUGUCCAUUCUCGUUCUGCGGCCUUGCCGACUCCUGGACCCUCCACGCCUGCGGCGCAGGCUGUCGAUGCCUACCCAACGCCGUGGUCAGAGGCCGACGUGGAAGAGUCGCCACUCUUACUGGUAUCAUCAUUGCUGCCAGCGCCUUCCCACGUAGCGCCACUGACGCCUGAGUCGAAUCCACGGCCUUUCAUCAAGAGGCGAGCCAUCGGUGGCGCACCGGCGACACCAUCGCCUCUUGCGCGUCAGGUCCCCAUCUACGCACUGGCAGACGCAGACGUGUCGAUGGAUGAGAGCGAUGCUGACAACUCGAUGGCAAUCGACCAAUUGAACGGCCUGGAGGGCGCGGAGGAUAGCAUGAUGCUCGACGAUGCGGCGGACCUCGACGACGAGAAAUACGACGAGCUAUCAGAGGUAGACGUCGACGAAGAGUUCCAGCCGCUUGAUGAGUGCGCUGCGGCAUCCUCUUCGAAGCCGCGUUCAGGCAAGGACGUGUUCAUGCGCAUUACGGAUGCGUUCGGAAACUUCGUUGGUGAUAUCUUCACGUCUGGUCGGGCUAGGUCUGUUGGACCCUCGUCGACCGUACCAGGCUCUCUCGAGGACAUCCUUCCAACGCCGUAUCGUGGGACCCCGACUCAGACAAAUGUGGCAGCCUGUGGCCCUCCAGAACCAUUCACCAAGGAUGCAAGCAUCACGGCGACGCCAUCAUACUGCUCGCGUGCGCUGUCGCCAAUCUCAACCGGGCCCGAUUCACGAGACGCCGAGAUCGACGAACUGAAGACGGAAGUCAUCCAGCUCAAGGCGGACCUGGAGCUCGCCCGUGGCGCGGUGACGCAGAAAGAUGCCUGUAUUGAAGAGCUACAGAGACAGUUGGAUCACAAACAGAGACGGCUGCGGCUCUUGAUGAGCCUUCAUGUGCAGAUGGACCAAGAGUUUGAGAAGGAGAAGGCGGGACAAUGAUUAUCGAUAUGUAUUAGCAUCAACCUAUUCAUUGUUUCACCGAAAAGGUUUCUAUGAUGAUGAUUCCUUCUCG